GUAAUUCUCACGCUGUUUAUAUUACACGGAAGACCGAUUACGAAUUUUCUAUUUUCGCACAUGGUUUUGCUACAUAUUCAACCUGAUUCGCUUGAGUUGUAAUGGAUCAGACACCUGCAGUAAUGGAUAAACAUUUGGAGGUUGUACAGUGUCACAAAGAUGGUGGAAUAUUGUUAGGAGCUUCAAGUCUAACUGGUCGGUACUGGUAUGGUUCGCUGUGGUACUACCAGAACCCAGAACUUGCACCAGAUGUGGAGAAAUGCACUGCUGGAGUCCAACUAGAGGCAGGGCUAAAUGAUGCAUGCUGGGUAGAUGAUACCAGAGUGCUUGUUGGCAUGGACACAGGUGGUGUUGCAUUAUGGGAGUUGACGGAUGAUCUACACACAUUUAUACAACAAAGCUCAGCAACAGAGCAUGAUGGUAUAGUCUCCUCAGUUUGUGUUUGCCAAGACAAGAGGAAAGUCAUAUCAGCUAGUUUUGAUAAUACAAUAAAAAUAUGGGAUCUAGAAAGCUUCUCAUCAAUAUUUAGAUUUCGAGCACAUACAGAUGCUAUAUAUUGUGUACGAAGUCACCCAACUAACCCAGAACUAUGUCUAACUGCGUCACAAGACGGAAACAUAUAUUUAUGGGAUUUCAGAAAGAAAAAGCCUGUAUCAAGAUUAGACAAAUCUCCACUGACAAGUAUACCAACUUGUGUUGCUUGGCAACCAGGCCAGGAGCACGUAUACAGUGUAGGAAGUGAUAGCGGCCACCUUGUUGUACGAGACACAAGAACAGCAGUAACAGAAUCUGUCUCUAUAGUACCCCACCACAGAGGCAUCACCCGAAUACAGUUCUCACCUUUUCAGAAUAAUCUGGUAGCCAGUGUAUCAGAAGAUUGUACAGCUAUGGUGGUGGACAUUUCUGGGGAUAAACCUGAACAAUUGUAUAGAAGUACCUCACAUAAAGACUUUGUCAAGGGAGUUUCCUGGUCAGGGGAGAACACUCUGUUCACUUGUGGCUGGGAUGCUCAAGUUUGUUCCCAUACUAUUUCUAGCAGUGGUAUACAAGUGAACAAUGAAGCCGGGCCUACAAAUAUGGAAGUGAAUGGAGAUCAAGGGGAACCAGGGACAGCUGAUGUUAAUGACACUCAGAAUUCAGUGACUAAGUGUACAGUGAAUGGAGAUGGGGGUGGAGAUCUGGCGGUUAAACAGGAAACACCAACUUGAGAUCAGAUACAAUUUAGAUAGAUCUGUUACAAAUCCUUGUCUUAAACAUGCAAAAUGAUUUCUGUAUUGAUCAAAUGUUCAAAGACAGCUGUUUUGAUACAAAGUUCCUUGACAUAACAAUACACAUAUUUGAAUGAGGGUAAAAUAAUGGCAUACACUUUGAUUGAAUCAGAAGAAGUCAGUUUGAGAGACUGUUUUGGUGUAGAAUAGAUACUUGAAAAUUUUCUUCUAGACCUGUCCGAACAUUAUAUAGUUUGGAUACAGUUUUGGAUAUGAAAAAUUUUAGAAUAUAUAUUGUAAAACAUAUUGAAAUUUGAUAGUGAUAUUUCUUUACUGAUCAUUGAAAAGGACUUGUAGAAAUUUAGUCAAUAAAUUUAUGUUGUGGAAUGUAACACACAAAUCAAAAAAGAAGCUUUUCAAAUCUACUGAUGCAAAUUGGUAUUAAAAAUACUUCAUAUAACAGUAAUAGUUUUAUGCUUUGACAGAUAAAAUGUCUCUUAAUCCUGUAAUAAAACAUAAGAAAAAUCUCUAGUUAUAGAGACAAAUGUAGAACAUUUUGUUGAAUUACCAAAAGGGAUUGAUGGGUGCUUACUCUACAAACACCAGUUGUAUCAAGUGCUGGAAGACCAGUUCUGUGUAAAUGAUUUUAUACAGCCAGUGUUUAUAGCUCAAGAGCUGGUUACAGUACUUUCAUGCUUUAUACUGAUGUAAAUGAUUCUAAUAUUUUUAUGUCAAUGUUGAGGAAGUUGAAAAUGUCUGCUAUAUGUGAUAAUGGAAGAAUGUGCUCUUCUUUGGUCAUUGCUAACUUGGAAUAAAUAUGGAAAUUUUC